CGUGACGGGUGAACAGGUGAGCGGACGCUGCAUGAAAAUAGAGACGAAUAAAUAGUUCUCAUUUUGUUUCAGUGUUUUUUCCCCGAGUAGGAGGGGUUUUGAGAAAAUGAGACUGGAGUGAGAUCCACAACGAACCGUGCAAGAGCAAACCCGCAGAAAUCGCAGGAAGGUGAUUACGACGACCGGCGCGGAAGCUGCUUAAGGAGCUGGUUGCGACUCUUGAAUGACAGUGACAAACGUGUAUCAAAGGGACUAAGGACAAUAAGUUAUUGAGAAAAUUAUUGUAUCUCUUCUGAACUCAGCUGCAAGCAAAACACUGUGAUGGCGUCAGUCGGUAACUCUGGCACCACUUCAAGUCCGAUGGUUAUCCUGGUCCCUAAAACCAAGACCAAGAAGAAGCACUUUGUACAGCAGAAGGUGAAGGUGUUCCGAGCCAGCGACCCCGUCCUGAGCGUCUUUAUGUGGGGAGUAAAUCAUUCGAUAAAUGACUUAAGCCAGGUACCUGUCCCAGUUAUGUUGCUCCCAGAUGACUUUAAAGCAAAUGCCAAGAUCAAAGUCAACAACCACCUCUUCAACAAAGAGAAUUUACCAGGACAUUUCAAGUUCAAGGAGUACUGCCCACAAGUAUUCCGGAAUCUCAGGGAGAGGUUUGGAAUCGAGGACCUGGAUUAUCAGGCCUCUUUGGCCCGUAGCCCCCCUGUCAAGGGAGGGGAGGGACAGGGGGAGGGGCUUCUGCUGACCUCGUAUGACCGCACACUGGUGGUCAAGCAGAUAUCCAGCGAGGAUGUGGAGAACAUGCACAACAUCCUGUCUGAAUACCAUCAGCACAUAGUGAAGUGCCAUGGCAGCACGCUUCUCCCGCAGUUCCUGGGCAUGUACCGCGUCAGCGUGGAGAACGAGGACACCUACCUGCUGGUCAUGAGGAACAUGUUCAGCCACAGGCUCGUCGUGCACAGGAAGUACGACCUGAAGGGGUCUCUGGUGUCACGGGAAGCAAGUGACAAAGAGAAGGUGAAAGAGCUGCCCACCUACAAGGACGUGGACUUCAGGAAUAACAUGCAGAAAGUAUAUGUGAGCGAGGACCAGAAGGAGAAGAUCCUGGAGAAGCUGAACAGGGAUGUGGAGUUCCUUGUGAAGUUAAAGAUCAUGGACUACAGCCUGCUUCUCGGGAUCCACGAUGUGGCACGGGCAGAGCGCGAGGAGGAGGAGACGGAGGAGGCCUCCUUUGAGGAGGAGGCGGAGCCUGAGAAUGGCCUAACACCCGCCCCAGUGGUGGGCUCCUACGGCACCUCCCCCGAAGGCAUCGCUGGCUACAUGAACUGCUGCAAGCCCCUGGGACCAGGAGAGUUUGACCCCUACAUCGACGUGUAUGCCAUCAAAAGUGCCCCUGGUGCCCCUCAGAGGGAGGUGUACUUCAUGGGUCUGAUCGACGUACUGACACAUUACGACACCAAGAAGAAAGCUGCUCAUGCUGCAAAGACGGUCAAACAUGGGGCUGGCGCCGAAAUCUCAACUGUCCACCCCGAACAGUACGCCAAGCGAUUUCGUGACUUCAUCGCAAACAUCUUCGCCUAGCAUUGGCCUGUCUCUGCGCCGCUGGUACUGAGGCC